CACCCAGCUUUAGUACUACAGCCCGAUACUGGAAAGCGCAUCGAUCCCACUGGUGCCCGGUGCUCGGUUAUACACGACGCCAACAAGCCGAGAUCAGCAGGAAGGCAUGGCGCUCGCGGAGGGCAACGGCGCGGCCAGCUUCGGCGAGGAGCAGGAGGCGCUGGUGCUCAAGUCGUGGGCCAUCAUGAAGAAGGACUCCGCCAGCCUCGGCCUCCGCUUCUUCUUGAAGAUCUUCGAGGUCGCGCCGUCGGCGAAGCAGAUGUUCUCGUUCCUGCGCGACUCCGACGUGCCGCUCGAGAAGAAUCCCAAGCUCAAGGCCCACGCCAUGUCCGUCUUUGUCAUGACGUGCGAGGCGGCCGCGCAGCUUCGGAAAGCCGGGAAGAUCACCGUGAGGGACACCACCCUGAAGAGGCUGGGAGCCACGCACUUCAAGUACGGCGUCGCAGACGCCCACUUUGAGGUGACGAGGUUCGCGCUGCUUGAGACGAUAAAGGAGGCGGUUCCGGCUGACAUGUGGAGCCCGGACAUGAAGAGCGCCUGGACUGAGGCUUACAACCAGCUGGUCGCGGCUAUCAAGCUAGAGAUGAAGCCUGCUGCAUAAGACUACUACCACUGCACUUCCAAGUUCCCCCAUGACGCACUAUCUCCAAUCUACCGUUGCUGCUUGCCGAUUGAAUUGUGUGAUUUUCUCGUUGGGGAAGUGUGUAUUAAUUUGUGAAAGCGUGCACUACUGUCUCUUUGACGAUUCGUAAAUAAAGAUGUACUGUCGUCUGUCGACC